UUUUAAGAACAAUAUCUAUCAAACAAUGGGAAAUGAAGAAGAUGCCUUCGAAGAACCAAAACCUCUUCUUAGAAGAACGUCUCGAAAAGGCAGUUUCCGAAAGUUUAUUGUUAGUUUAACCAGUCCACCGCCAGAAACUGAGUUUAUUUAUCAUGAGGAACAAGAAGAGGACGAGGAACUUCAAGAAUUACAAUUACCACCCCCACCAAUGCAAAGAGUUUCGAGAAUGGGAAGUAUUCGAAAAGCAAUGACAAUAAGCUUUCAGAAUAGCCUACGGAGAACUCGAAAAAUAUUUGGAAUUGGCGUUGCACCGGUUACUGAAUAUUUACCAAAAUCUGAACAAGAUGUUCAUAUUCAAAGAUUCAACAGAAACGAAUCUGUACGACUUAGUCGAUGCUCCACGAAGCAUUACGAAGUUAUAAAAACACACUCCGAAGAUAAAAUCUUCACAAGCGUAAGGCCUAUUCCUCCGUCUAGUACGUGUCUGUUAACCAAAUUCUUUCCCCGAAUCGAAAAACCUCCAAAUCAGAAAAAGACACUUCUUUCCAGUUUUGAACGUAAAAGGAGGUACCAUCAAACGUUUGGUGCAGAUCAUCACGCCAAAGAACAACUUUUCUGUCCACUUCAAGCUUCUCAAGUCGAGUUUGCAUUCAAAACACAAGUGAAAUCCGAUAUAGUGAUUAAAGUACAAGCUCCAAAUGGUGAAUCCAGUGGAUACAUAUAUCCCAACAAUAUUGCAUACACCAGUUUUACACCAUCAAAUAUUGGGUGUGGUCAUGGUAAAUGGCUAGUUCAUGUGGCUAUUCGAAAAGGAUGCAAAUUUCAUCAUGGAUAUACACGGCAGUUCAAUCUUAUUGGUCAAGGAGUUCUGUUCUUCCAAGUUGAUAUGGCUGGUACAUUACGGGACGACGGAAAAUUGUGGCUUGACUGCCUGAAUUAACAGUUGCCACACAUAUCGUUUAAUGAUAAUUGUAAGCUUUAUUGUAUCCAUUUCAUUGUUUUCAUUCAAUUUUAGAUUGCUUUAAUAAAUAGAAGAGAUUUACGGCGUUAAAUC